GGUUCUUGGGGUUUAUCCUAUGUUCUAAAUUUUGCCAAUGCGGCUGCGAUGAUGGAUCGUGACGGGCGCGGCGACGCGAGAUCUGGCUCCGCGGCGAUGAAUCCUCCAUCGCGUUUUCAUGAAGGCGCUCAAGAAUGCCGCGGCGGCCAGCAUCCCCGAGUUUCUUGCUGCUCUCAAGAACUGCCGCGGCUCCAAGGAUCUCCAUACAGGUAUGAAGAUACAUCGCGACUUGAUCCAGUGUGGGAAGGACAGGCACAUCUUCGUCGCCAACACUCUCAUUGCGAUGUAUGCUAGAUGCGGCAGCCUGGUGGAUGCUCGCCGGAUCUUCGACACAAUGCCGCAUCACAGCCUUGUCUCUUGGAGCGUUUUGAUCGGGGGCUAUUCCCAGAAUGGAGAGGGGAGUUUAGCUGUGGAGUUAUUCCAGAGGAUCCAGGAAGAGGGAAGUUGUCAGCCGGACUCCAUGCUCUUCGUUGCUGCUUUGAACGCGUGCUCGAGCUUGGCAGUGAAGGAUGACUGCCACGAUCGAGAAGACAAAUCUACGAGCAAUGGGAUCUGGCUAGAAAAGGGGAAAUCGAUUCAUGAUCAGCUGAGAAAAGAUGGUCACGAAUCCAACCUCUAUGUUGCGAAUUCCUUGGUGGAUAUGUACUCAAAGCUGGGGAGCGUCGAAGAUGCGAGAAUUGUUUUCGAGGGAAUGGUUUGUCGAAAUGUGGUGACUUGGGGAGCUUUGAUUCUUGGUUAUGCGUAUAAUGGACAGGGAGAGACAGCUCUAGCGAUGUUCUCUCGCAUGGAGGAGGAAGGUUGUGAUCCUGACUCACAGGUUUUCAUUGCGACGCUGAAGGCUUGCAUUGAUAUUGGAGAGAAAGAAGUUGGAAAAAUGGUGAAGGGAAAGGUGGUAAAAACUGCAAAUUUAGAGAAAGGAAGAGUUCUCCACGCCAAGCUUUCUUUGAGAGGAUACGAGGCAGAAAUUUUUGUAGCGAAUACACUGCUGGAUAUGUAUUGCAAGUGUGGGAGCAUGGUGGAAGCACGCAGGGUGUUUGAGAGAAUGCCAAGCCACAGCCUUGUCUCAUGGGACGCUCUCAUCAAUGGAUACUCUCAGAGCGAUGAAGGAGAGCUCGCCCUUGAGCUCUUCAAGCGCAUGGAAGACGAAGGCUUUGUAGCGGACACUCGGCUUUUCAUGGCGGCAUUGCGAGCUUGUGGAAGUAUUGCUGCAUUAGAAGCCGGGAGAAGGAUUCAUGCACAAGUUUCUGGUAGCUUACUGGAGAAAGAUGUGCUCUUGGCGAAUUCUCUCGUCACCUUUUAUGCAAAAUGUGGAAGCAUGGACGAUGCUAAGCAGGUGUUUGAUUCCAUUGGGCAGAAGGACAUGGUUUCAUGGACCGCUUUGAUCGCUGGGUAUAGCCAUCAAGGAGAUUCUAAGCAAGUGUUUGAGCUAUUCGAGAGAAUGCAAAAGGAGCGCGUGCAACCAAACGGAGUCACUUAUCUCUCGGUGCUCACGGUCUGCAGCCAUGCCGGGCUUGUGGAUCUAGGAAAGAGAUACUUCGAGGCGAUGAACACGGUUCAUUCAAUCUCUCCUAGCCUUGAGCACUAUAUCUGCGUGAUAGAUCUUCUCGGCCGUGGGAAUCAGCUGGAACAAGCACUAUCAGCACUCCACAGCAUGCCUUACAAGCCAACUUUGGUGGCAUGGAGGACGGUUCUAAGCGCUGCAAGGAAGUGGAAGAAUGUAAGUGUUGGCCGCCUUGCGUUUGAGUCGAUACUGAGGCUGGACGAUAAAGACGAUGCGGCCUAUUUGCUCAUGGCGAACACGUACGCUGCUGCUGGUUUGUGGGAGGAUUUCGCUCGGGUGGAGACAAUGAGGAAAGAAGCUCGGUGUUGGAAGAAGCUUGGACAAAGCUGGUGGAUUGACAGUGCCGGAAAAGUCCACAGGUUCGUCGUCGGGGACACUACUCACCACCAAAACGAGCAGAUCCUUGCAAAGCUCGGAGAACUCCAAUCCAGAAUCAAGGAAGAAGCGGGCUACACUCCCAACCUCGACUGUGUCCUUCGAGCUCUUCCAGACAACGAGAAGGAGUCGGCACUGUGCGGACACAGCGAGAGACUAGCGAUUUGCUGCGCUCUCAUCAACACACGAGCGGGGACGGCGAUCAGGAUCAUAAAAAACCUCCGCGUUUGCGAAGACUGCCACCGAGUCACGUCGAUCAUCUCCAAGCUCGAGCGGCGAGCUAUCAUCUGCAGAGACGCGGUUCGGUUCCAUCUGUUUGAGGAUGGAUGCUGCUCCUGCCGAGAGUUUUGGUGACAAUCAAUGGUAACAACAGAUUUUCUUAA